CAAAUAAGAUAUGUAACAUGUUAUAGCUAUAACUUAAAACACAUAUUUGUGUUCGAUGGGGUGCCUUAAUUCUUGUUUACCGCCCAUCAUCAAUAUCUUAUAAAUUCUUUUUCUUUUUCAACUUCGUACUUAUAAAUUCGGCCAACAUUUAUUUGUUCCGUCUGUACGCAUACUGUAGUACUAGCCGAACUACUCGCUUGUAGCACUUUGUUUCUGGGCAUUAGAAAUGAAAGGCAUUUUCUCCUUUCAGUUUCUAGCUUACACAGUACUUUUAUUCAUCUUAUUUCAUCUUCCUCCUCUUUCUUCCCUCGAAAACCAUUGGUUUGCUAGCUGUGGUAAGUCCUUCAACUGUGGAAAAAUAACUGGAAUUACUUAUCCUUUCUGGGGAAAUGAUCGACCAAAGGAAUGUGGGUAUCCUGGAUUCGAACUUCAAUGUGACGAUCAGGGCAACACCAUAAUACAAAUCUCGAACAUAAAAUACCUUGUUGUCGGUAUUAAUUUGGAGGCACAAAUUAUGACAGUUUCUAGAAAAGAUCUAGCAGCAGACUGGAUUUGUCAAUUUAACACGACUAUAGAUAAUUCCAAUAUAUUCGAGUAUGCUUCGACCUUAGUGAAUUUCACGUUCAAUUACGUGUGUCCCCCUUGGGCUCCACCUCCAACAGGGUCGUUGAAUUGUCCGAUAAAUGGAAUGAAUUAUAAGAAUAGUUUUACAAUUGGAGGUAACGAGGGAGAUGGUGCAUGUCAUGCUACAAUAAUUGUACCAGGUCGUAAGGAGUUUAGGCCUGGAGGAACAAUUGGAGAUUUGAGGGCAUUGAAGGAGUUGCUAGAACAUGGAUUUGAUGUUAGAUGGAAAGUGGAUAAUAGUCAUUGUAAGGAGUGUGAAAAGUUUGGGGGACGUUGUGGAUUUGAUGUUGGUGGAAAAAAGUUUAGGUGUUGGUGCCCUGAUGAUCAAUCUUCUUCUUCGUCUAAUAAUACGUGCACGGUGGCUACACCGGCUGGUACGUUUUACCUUUUCCUUCUUAAUUUCUGCAUUUCCCUAUCAUUAAUUUUUAUUGUUUAUUCGGUAGUCAUCUAA